UGCAGAAUGGCCGCGUCCAAACUGGAACUGACUAUUAUCUUCUCUAAACGCGAUGAUUUUAUGUAAAAAUCUGGUUUCUGUAGUGCAGCUGUUAAAGAAAUAAUUGUACUUAUGCAUAAUUUAAGUGCCGUUUUAAAGUCGGUUGGCAAGUUAGCCUAGUUGGAUGUUAAUAAUUAGACCGUGAGUGUGUUUGUAUGUAGGACACCCCCGUCGGUGCUGGUUACUCCUCCUGGCACUUCCUUGUUCAAAAGUUUUAUUUAGGGGAAGGCUUGGGGAAAAGUUGGUCACCGGAUUGGAUAUUAUUUCGAUGCUGCUGUCACAUAUUAAGGGCAUGGGUCGUGUUUAUCGUACAUCAUAGAGGAACGAGCGUGCAGCUAUCGCAGCUUUUCUCAUGGCUGUAAUUAUUAGAGGGUGGCUAACUUUGCACUGAGAGGCUCCGGAGAGAGGAAGAUGUCCAUGGCUAACGUUAGCGAAGACAUCAGAGAGAAGUUCCCCCUGCAUUCCGCAGUGUGGGAGAACGAUUACAGGAAACUGGAAGAACAGAUAACGUUGCCACAGAAUGAAAUUGAGGCUGUGGAUCCCAGAGGCCGGACACCUCUGCACCUGGCUGUGUCGCUCGGGCACCUGGAGUCCGUGAGAGUCCUUCUGAGACACGGUGCUGAAGUGACUAAAGAAAACGCCAAGAAUUGGACAGUGCUGCAGGAAGCAGUCAGCACCGGAGACCCAGAGAUGGUUCAGUUAGUGCUUCAACGUCGAGACUACCUCAAAGCCUCCACUGCUCUGGGAGGAGUGCCUGAGCUGCUGUCAAAAAUCCGAGAGUCUCCGGACUUCUACAUGGAAAUGAAGUGGGAAUUCACCAGUUGGAUCCCUCUUCUGUCCCGGGUUUGUCCAAGUGAUGUUUGUCGCAUUUGGAAAAGUGGCGCUUGCCUGCGAGUGGAUGCCACUCUUCUGGGCUUUGAAAACAUGACCUGGAUCAGAGGGCGUAGAAGCUACAUCUUCAGAGGAGAUGAUUCAUGUGCAGAGUUGAUGGAGGUGAACCACGACGAUGAAGUAGUGGACACGGAACGCUUCAAUAUAUCCCAGGAAAUGGAGGAUGUCACAUUAGAGUCAAUGCAGCCGGCCGAGCAGGAAGUUGCCAAAAGGUUGACUACUCCUAUUGUCAACACCUACUUGGACACAAAGGAUAUUGCUUUUGAGAGGAACAAGUCUGGGAUUUGGGGCUGGAGAAGUGACAAAACAGAAAUGGUCAAUGGAUUUGAAGCAAAGGUUUUCAGUGUAAACAACGUAAAUGUGGUAAUCAGGACGAGGACGGAGCAUCUCACAGACGAGGAGAAAGCCAGGAUUAAAAGUGAAAGGAACAUCUUGGAGUCUCUGCUGGGGACCGUGGAGCAGCACAUAAGUGCACAAGGGGACCUUACUCUUGAGUAUGCAACGGCCAAUAAUCCCACUGCCAUCACUCCAGAGGAAUAUUUUGAUCCUGACUUUGAUCUUGGGAACAGAGACAUCGGUCGUCCCAUUGAGCUGAGCAUUCGAACACAGAAGUUCAAAGGUACGUUGUGGAUGAGCGAGGAACAUCCUCUGUCCCUGGUGGAGCAGGUAACCCCCAUUAUUGACCUCAUGGCUCGAACCAGCUCCCAUUUUGCACGGCUGCGAGAUUUUGUAACCCUCAAGUUUCCUCCUGGAUUUCCAGUUAAAAUCGAAAUCCCUCUGUUCCACGUGCUGAAUGCCAGGAUUACAUUCGGCAACGUAAACAAAUGCAGCACCGAAGAGGAAGCGGAGACAUCGGCAGCCGCCACACCGACAUCCUCAGGGGACGAUGAAGAAGCAGCAGCGCUCCCUCUGUUUCAGGUGUGCCCCGCGGUGUUUGAGGUGCCUGCGAGUUACCACCGCCGAGGGGGCAGCCGCCACACGCCCAUGUCCAACAACGACGAGGAGCUCCUGCAGUACGCCAUCCAUCAGAGUCUCCUGGAGUCUCGCAGAGGCCCGGGUCAGGAAGGGAGCUGGGAUGAUGUGGACGGGGACUUCACUGAUGCAUUGCCAAGUAGCCAGAGUGACAGGAGUAUCCCAGAGGGGGUGCUAGUGGAAUACAGAGACACCUCCAGCCCUGCCAGCUCCCCGUCUGUCUCUAGUCCGGACUCAGAGCUCCGCCUGGCCAUGGAGCUCUCUGCACGAGUUCAAGAGGAGGAGGACAGGAUGAGGAAGCAGGAGGAAGAGGAGCUGGAGAGAAUAUUGCAGCUGUCGCUCACUGAGAAGUGAAAGGAAUAAGAGGGAAUACUAUUAAUACAACUUUUCCAGAUCCAGAAGCAACCACCACACCUCAAUUUACCUUCCUAAACCACUCUAGUCAUCUAUGCAACCACAGAUUUCUUUCUGUAGCAGAUCAUUCUUGCGCAGGCAAUAUCAAACUCUCCGUAUCCGAUAUUUUCCAAAUGGUAUUUUUGGUAAAAGCAUACUCUUUUUUAUAUUUCUAUCUUGGCAUAGUGUGUCUCCAUCUUCAAGCUUGAUUCAUUGACUACGAUCCUUUUGGUUGGGUUCUACUUCUUAUUUAUUUAGUUUAUUUUCCAAUUCAGAAUCACAGCAGCAGCCUACAAGCAUUGAUCAUAUUGUUGCCUGGAAUGGGGUUGAAUCGGUUUAAUUAAGGUUUUCUAAACAAAAACAAUUUGACUACUGAAGGUGACUUUAUAUAGUGUUGGCACUCAGCACUUCCAGUCCAAAAAAAACUGUUGCUUUUUAUUUUCUUAGUACUUGUUGCCUCCUAUUUUCGAAAGCUAGAAAAAAGACGACCUAGCACAACACAGGGCAACUAGCACUGUGAACCUAAAAGUACAGAUCUGAGCGUUUUCACAAUGAAGUUUUCCUACAGAGUCACUUUGUUGAGAGUCACGGGCUCACUGAAUAACAGAAAUCUCAGGGUUCCAACUUUGCCGUUCGCUUUGGAAAUAAUUUGUUAAUCAACUGUAAAACUUUCUGAAAUUGUCACUUGGUAAAUGUUUUUGGUGCAAAAGGAUACCACUCAUGCAUAUCACGCUAUAGUGUACCAAUAUUCAUUUGAUUGGGUUUAUUAAGUUAAAUGUUCAUAUGUAAAUGCAUUCUCCCGUACUUUGUGAAUGUACACGCUACAGAUGGGUAAACAAAAGCAUGUUGCUGUGAGAGAAAUUUCAAAUUAGCCGCAUGGUAACGUAGCUUUGCUGCAGUAAGGAUGAUGUUUUAACUCCCCUGACCUGAUUUUUAAUGUCUCCUCUGAUUUCGUGGUGACAAAGGACUUAUUUUUGUAAACUGUCAUUGAGCAACUUCACCUCAGUUCAAACAUGCAAUAGCAGAGACCAGUCUGUCUGUGGAUUUACAACUGUCAUGCAGCUUAGAAGCAGCUACACAACUAGCGUUGCAGAGAUUAUUCCAGUUCGUACAGGACAGUCUGCCUUUUGUAGCCACGGACAACUCAAGACCUCUGAGCAGAAGAAAGGACAGCACAAACUUUAAGAUCAAGCAUGCCCGCCAUAUAUAGGAUUAGUUUCUUCAGCAUGUGCCAAGGAUUGAUUUGCUCUGAUAACACGUGGUGGGGUCGAGGCACGGUGACAAUGUUCUGUGGUGCCACUCAGACUAAACUUUCUGAACAGAUUUUUUUUUUUCUUUUUUUAAUUUUGUAAAUUAAAAAAUUGAGAUGACGAGCUUUCAGCUGUACCAGGGUGAUGCUGAGUAACAUGCAUUAACCACUAAAGUUGAUUUCACUGACAACCAACCACUUAUUAAAGGUCUCUGCGUUGCUGCGUCAGGAGCUUCAGCUGAACAACUACUAGUUGUAACGACCAAGUUGCCAAACUGCUGAAGAGUCAACUUUGAAAAGACUAGCUUCAGUUAAUUUAAUCUUUGCAAGGCACCGUUCAGGCUGCAAAGUUGUUUUUUGUUUUUGUAAUGUUAAAAUUUUAAGAGAAUAUGUCGGUUUCAAAAUGUUCUAAAAAUGUUCUAAAAUAAACGCACUUUAUUUCCAUGAGGAUUACAAA